UAUCGACUCACAUUUGAACGAUACAACACUUGUUCCCAUCAUCGAGAUUGAUAUUUGACACUGUCAUCCUCACUUAACCAUCGUCUCCCUUCGCCUCUACCUGAAUAUUUCAAACAUAUCCCAACCAACUUCAUAAGUUUUGGGAUUCUCUCUCCGUGUGUCAGGUUUACAAUGGCCUCUUCAUCAGAUCCGAUAUCCAAACACACGGCCACCAACGGCGCCACCCCACUCCGGGACACCACCACCUACAUCACCGGCCACAACAAGAAAGAUUACACCGCCAUUUAUGAAUCGGUACGCCCCGCGGAAUGGCAACCCAUCAAGGAAACAAAUCACUUCAACGUCAGUUUCACCACUUCCGAGAUGCCUGUUUGUAUGGACGACGACAAGGACAUUGAACAACACGACCGGGUCAUGGCUUCCAACACGCUAGGUCUGGUGAGACCCAACGGGACCGUAUGUAGGACCGUCGAUUUCGCCCCGGCGGGUGAAGCACUCAUGCACCGUACCAAGAGUUUGGAUUACGGUAUCGUCGUGGAGGGUGAAAUCGAGUUGCACCUGGACUCGGGAGAAGUCAAGACCCUCAAGAGGGGUGACGUCGCGGUCCAGAGAGGUACCAUGCACGCUUGGAAGAAUUCGAGUCCCACCCAGUGGGCCCGCAUGAUCUUUGUCCUCCAGGACAGUACCCCCGUCAAGGUCGGCGAUAAAAUCUUGGGUGAAGACUUGGGUCAUGCAAAGGGUGUCAUCCCGGACAGUGGCAAUCAGUGAAAGGAACAGGACCUAGAUAUUGAGAUACAGUUCGAGAUUGAUUACGAGAGAGUCGAGAUAUGUCGAGUCAUUCCUCUGAGGGAGAUUCCUACGGGUGGUAUCAAUGGUGAGAGGGGAGAAAAGGGGAAGUGAGAGUGCGUUUUAACGUAUAUGCUACUUAGAAUCGCAAAGACUGCGUCAAAGAACUCACAUAAAGAGGAUUCAGUGC